ACAGAAAGUGGAAAAAUUGUUUUUCUGAUUUCUAUUUAAGCCAAAUAUAAUCUUCCGCAUUUAAAGGCUAUGGGAAAAGUAUGUUUAUAUUAAUGAGUAAGAACAAUGUGCAGAAAGUGACAACAACGCGAAAGAAUAUAAGAGUGUGAUGAUGGAUACUUUGGCAUUGACUGAAACAGGUAGCACCACAUCCAUGCAUGUGCAAGUCCAUUUGGAUGGGCAAUCGCCACAAUUAGAGCAACAACGGCAUCAUUUAAAUCAGCAACAACAGCAUAACAUCGUUAGUCUAGGCGAUAUCUCGGAACUAACACACGAAUUACAUGAAGACAUUGUGUCCAUACCCAAAGAGGUUGUGCUCAUAUCGUUGGUAGCGCAAGAGCAGGCCCUUUAUAAUCCCAAGCAUGAGUACUAUCGUAAUAGUCACCGAAAGGAUGCCAAAUGGAUGGAAAUUGCAGAAACUGUUGGUUGGUCGGAGGCACAAUGCAAGUCCAAAUGGAAAGCCAUGCGAGACCAAUAUUGUCGCGAAUUGAAACGCAGCAAGUUCAAUGCCAAAGCUAAUGUCAAAUGGCGGUACUUUAAGGAGUUGGAUUUUCUACGGCCAUUUGCGUUGUCAAGGAACUAUCGACCACGUGCCAACACUACAAUUGCCAAAAGCGACAAUUUAACUGGGUGUAAUGCUAGUGGUAACAUUAAAUGCAACAAACUACCGAGUAUCAAAAUCGAAAACGGCCAAUUCACUAGCUGUGAGUUUAAUACGGAUGAAAAUGUGUUGGAUGCGGAAGACAAACAUGAGGCAACAACUACACGUCUAUUAACAUCGUUGACGGACGAGCAGUUAAACUCAGUUAUGCAACAACACAGUGGAAGUUGGAAUUACCUUACCGCAGCGAACACAACAGAUACUCGUAACAUGCAAGCACAUCAGCACAGCGUCAAUGAACUGGAUGAUAACAACUUAUUGCAGCAUGCACAACAACACUCGGGCGCUGAUGACAUGCUGUGUGCCUUGGUGGAAAGCGUAACGGCUGCAGCAGGUCAAAUGCAUCAGUCGCAAUCACAUAAUGACGAAGAAGAUGACGACCCCAUACACACUUUUCUGAAUAUGGAAGGCUUUUUCGAAAAAGACCUCAUCAGCAUGGUACAACAAGAGGAUAUCUUGUAUAAUAAUUUUCAUCCGAAUUAUAGAAAUUCGAAAGUAAAACUUGAAGUUUGGGACGAGAUUGCGCAAAAAUUAAAAAAACCAAUUGGGCGCUGCCGCUUAAAAUGGAAGGCACUGCGAGAUCAAUACAUCCGGGAGCAUAAACGGCUAAAGGAUCGUGAAAAUUCCGCAUCACUGCCACGUUGGAAACACUACGAUGCACUUAGCUUUCUCAAAAAAUUUAUCAAACAUAAAACAAGGGAUUUUGAUGCCAAAAAUAUUGUACAACUACCCAAAAAUGAGACAGACACAGAUUUAGAAGAGCAAAUAAUUGACAGUUCACCAUUGCGUUCGCCUGCAGAAGUGGCAGUAGAGGCACACGAGCUGGAAUCGCAAACAUUACCUACACUAUCAGGCCCGCAUACACAACACCACCAGCACCAACACCAACACCAGCACCAGUUGCAGCACGACAUUUGUGUUGUUAGUGGUAGCAGCGUUGGUGGUUAUGACGAGAUGGACAUUGACCACUACAUAAUUGGGCAUGCCAGCGAUACAGGUGUGAACGACGACGGCGAUGACAUGGAUGCAGAAGAUGACGAUGAAGAUCGCAAAUCACACCAGCACUUUCCGGAUUAUGCACCAAGUUCGACAAGCAACACAACUAUCAAUAAUAAUUCAAAUCAGCCAGAAUGCGGUAAUAAUCUAGAGAGACAGGAGAACGAGUACAAAGAUAUAAAGGAAAAUAAUGCAGAACAACAAGGCGUAACAUUACAGCAACAGCAACAACAUCAACCACAAGAGCAGCAAACGUUAUUGAAAGUAGCAACGCAAUCUACGCAGCAGCAUCAUCAGUCGCAACAGCAACAGCAUCACCACCAGCAACAGCAACAACAUUUGCUUACCCUAGAAGUUGGUGGCGAAUCGCACACUGCCACACUCACCACUAGCGAUGAAUCGAUCAUACAACAUCAGCAACAUGACUACGCUAAUGAUAUGAAACAACAACAGCUGCCGCAACAAACUCAUGCACACGGUUUGAUUAAUGGCGGGAACACAAACUUAACUGCCAACAACAACAGUGCAAAUGUGUUGGGUGAAAAUUGCGGCAUGGCGGCGAUAAUAAACGCAAGUGCCUCACUCAGCAUGGAUAGCAUCAAUCUACAAACUCUAACGAAUAGCAGUCCCAUGACAAGUAGUGUGUCAACAGCGGCGACUAGCGGGACAAUGAGUGGUGCUGUACCCAUUGCUGCAGCUGUCACGUCUACCUCAACAAUUGCCAACCCAACAUCGACUGAACACUUGGGAGAUGACGAGGUUGGUGCUUUCUUUAAAGCAGUUGCAAUGAAAAUUCGCAGCGCUAAAAUGUCGCCGGUGGCAUUCACUGACCUACAAAUCGAUAUACUGCGCGUCAUCAACGAGACAUUGCGAAAUCAUUAAUUGAAAAAAGAUGCAGCAAAGGCUCUUUUAAAUUAUUUAUAUGCAACACUUGGUUGGUUUUUUAAGAUUUUGCUUUUAAUUGCUCUCGGUAACUAUGUUUACUUAUGUAUAUUAAAAACUGUCUCUGUUGCCCAUAGUACGACUACAAGCACUGUACGUACAUAUGCAUGUGUGUGUGAUUAUGAGAACCUGAGUUGGUUAGAGCUUACAUUUGUUGCUCUUAAUAAUUACAUGUAAAAACUUAGCUAAUCACAGCAGUUCAAAAAAAGAAAAACCUGUUAGAUUUCUCGACUGAUUCUGGUAUAUCUGAAUCACGGAUAUCAAAAAAUAGUUCAUCUGAUUUGGUUUCCACGAGCUCUGGAAACAUCAUGUGCUGCAUGAGAAACAUGAGUUGAUUUGUAUGGGCAUAAGAAAACCUUUUAAUAGAUUUUGCCUCUCAGUAGGCAGAGCUUAACUUUCGGCUGUAUGCAUUUCUGAUAUGAAAAAAGCUUCUCAUCCACCGCCUGUAGGUGGCAUAAAACUGCAGAUGCAGUUAGAUUCCGCCAUUUGUAGGACCAUGUCAAUAUGACGAAUGCCGUAGCUUCUAAGCUCGCUUGAUAUAGAAUUCUAGCUUUAAAUUUCUAUCUUAAAAUAUCAAAAGAUAGUCUACUACUAGAGCAAGAAAUUAUGUUCACAAAGCAAAGUAACAAAGAAAAAAAAAAAAAAAACAAAUGUACACGGCAAGAAAAUAAAUUUAAUUUUCAUAUCCUGUUAGAUUUAAAUAAUUCAUAUAAAAUUAUCCUGUAUUCUGUAACAUCUUACACUUGGCCGCUUAGAGCUCUGAAGCAUCUAAACUAGCGACUGCAAGGCUAUAAAUUAAUGCUGAAAUCUGAUUGUUGUGUGGUUUUUUUUAAUUUUUUUUAUUAUAAGAAUUUUUAUCCACACGUAUGGCUAUUUUAUAUAAAAUCAACACUUUCAAUUCGUUAAAACGGUAGGUAAAACAUCAAUUUCUGAAAUUACACAACAAAAAAAGAAAUACCCAGACAAAAAUUUAAUUUUGAGUAGUAGAUUACGGAUCUAUAUUCCGUUCUUUUGUAACAGGUAAUUUUAUUUUAUCAAGUAUUUUUUAGUGAAAAAAUUCGAAGUUUAUUACUUACUUACUUAUAUGGCCUGAUCAACGACGAGAAUCCGUUACCGGAUUAAACCCGAAUGCAGUUUUUUGGUACUAUGAUUAAAAAAAAAUCAACAUUAAUAUAAAAAGUUGUUUAUUAAUAUUUUCCAAUUUUGGACACUUCAGCAUAUUUCUGCCAAAAUUUUGUAUUUAAAAAAGCUCAACAUUAACAUCGAAAGAUGUUCAUUUUCAAUGUACUACAAAUCAUCCUUUUCAUUUUUUUGACCUAUUUCUACCAAAUUUUUAUAUUUUUAAAACUUUUUGUAAUUUGUAGUAAUUUUUUCGAAUUAAGAUAAUUAGGCAAGCCCUGAAAAUCGUGUGAUUUAAUGCCGUAUCCGAAAUAUCGAUUCGCACGAAAUGGUUCAAGUCAUGACAAAUUAAUGAAAGUGACUUCGCUAAAGCAACAACAGCAUUUACAAGUACAUAUUUUGUUUUUGCACCUUUGAUGAAUGUGAAAAUUACAUUGAGAAUUGAGUCAGAAUUGAGAAUGUAAACAAGCAAAGCAACAACAAAGAAGCUGGGCACCUCGACAUGCAAGGCAGCAAACCGGGAGAAAAACAAAUCAGCUGCUAUAGCGAAGUUACGUUAUGUGGUUUCUCAUUGGCUGAAGGUUGCUAUUUAAUUUUGAAACACACUGGAGAAAUUAUUACACUGGUGAAAUUAUUACACCGGAGAAGUUACACGGCGUAUUUUAAAAGAACAGCAUAACCCGUUGGAUAUUCCAAAGCCACUCUGUCGUCUUUUACAGAAUUAUUGGUUAUGUUUACAUGCAACUGCAUGAAACUUAAAGAAGUUUUUUUUUUUUAAGUUUUUUUAAAGUGUUUUUUUUAGUUUUCUCUUAAAAAGUUUUUAUUUUUUUUUUAAGUUUCAUCAUGAAAUUAAGUGUUUAAUAACCAUAUUUUAAUACAAAACGAUGCAAUACUUACGAGUACAUUUUUACUGCGGUGUUUUAAAAUUUCGCUUGCCUUCGAUCUAAUAUUUAAAAAAUCGACGAUUGAUUUGAACCACUGAUCCAUGCCAUAAAGAAAUGCAUCCAAUGCCCGAAUACUUUACAAUAGCUGCGUUGGCAAAUCAUUAUAUUUUCCAGCGACUGAGACUUUUUUCUUUAAAAAAUAAUCGAUAAAUCGCUUGAGAGUCUUGAGAAACUUUAUAUCGAAAUAUUUUGAAAAAUCUAACUGAUCCAGAAAAAUGCAACACACAGAGACAAUACAAACUUAGAAUCGAAAUAUUUUGAGAAAAUUACCUGCUCCAGAAAAACGGAACACAGAUUCGUAAUCUAUGGCCUAAAAUAAAAUUUAAGUGUCUCGGGGAUUUUAUGUGUAAUUUUAGCGUCCCUACAGUGUAGCAUAAACUUUUUCGCUUUGAAUUAUAUACAUUAGGUGAAGAAUUAUAGGCAAUUCGUAUGUACAUAAAUAUUUACGAACUUAAGCACUUGUAAAAAUAUUAUUAAAAGAAACUUAGAGAUAUGUAAAUAAACAUUUUAGCUAAACCAAAAA